GCUCAAUUGGUCGCGAUCCGAACUCUAGGGUUAGGGUUAUAUGUCACCUACCGUCUUUUUUUGCUGCAGUGACGUCGUGAAAAAACCGAAACUCAACCAACAUCACAGUUUCUGCCAUGCAGCCUUCGACUGUAUCGACUGCUCGACCACCUUCCACACCCCCGCUGAGUACCAGGGACAUAUUUCGUGCGUAACUGAAGCAGAGAAAUAUCAGAAGACGAUGUACAAAGGUCCUCGAUCGGUGAGCGGGGACUUGGGGGGCAGCACCUCGAGAGAAUGGGCGCGACCACCAACGCGUUACCAGGCCACUGGUGCCAACGGAACUCCGUUGGGCACACCUCAACGCAUGUCGCCUAUAACUGUAACACCACCAGAGCCGUCAGUCAUACCACCAAAACCAAUAGAGGCUCAGCCUUCAAAGGACUCAGCCCCAGCGCCGGAAACGACUGAGAUUAAACCACAGAAAAAGUCAAAGUCUGAAUUAAAAGCCAAGGACAAAAAGACAUCAGAAGAUACCAUCGUUGUCGAAUCGUUAUCUGCGCCUUCGUCUCCGUCACCUCCAAAGGCGGAGAAGAAGAAAAAGGACAAGAAACCUAAAAAGUCCACUGAGGACGCUGUAGAGUCUACUGUCGACGAUACCCCGACAUCAACCGAGAUUCCAGGAGAAAAGGAAAAGAAAUCCAAGAAAAAGGACAAGGAAAAGCGGAAAGCUGUUGUUGUGGAGGGCGAGAAUUUGGAGAGCCAAGAGAUCAAUGACAAAGAUAGCGACGAGAGCCAGUCAAAAUCACAAAAGCGGAAGAGGGACGACGAGUCCGAAGAGACGGGCACAGGUAAGAAAGAUAAGAAGGAAAAGAAAAAGAAGAGCAAGAAGGACAAGGUCGAAGAGACACCAACGAAUAGCAUGUCGGAUCCAUCGUCUAAGCCAGUCGAGACUGAGGGAGAGACAAAAACGAAGAAGCGGAAAAGAGACAAGUCAGAAAAUGUUCCGGAGGACGGCAUGGACGUCGACGUGACACCUACAGACGCUCCGUCUGUUGCGCCUGUGGAAAAGAAGAAGAAGAAAAAGAAGCACGACGCGGAACUAGAUGCUAAUGUCAAGGUGUCGGCAACGGAUAGAAGAAGGAAGGAUAAGAAAGAGAAGAAGGAGAAGAAGGAGAGGAGCUCCAAAAAAUCCGACAAGGCUUCAGCAUAAUUGGCUGCUUCGU